AAAGUUUCAGGAAUUCUCACAAAAUCGCAUAGGAUAUCAUAAUUCAUUCACAUCCAUAACUACAAGUCUACAAAAGGCCCCACACAACAAAACACACAUAUUUGGACUUGGACUUGGACUUAAACUCAGCCACUCAUCUCUGUCGUUUUUCCUUCUUUCUCUCUCAUUAACUUGUCCAAUGGAAUUGACUGUAAUUUUUGCAGCAUUGACACUGAGCUUGAGUUUGUUAUUGCCACCAUGCUUGCCAACAACAACAACAACCACAACUAGUCCAUGUAAGUUCCCAGCCAUAUUUAACUUCGGCGAUUCCAAUUCAGACACCGGCGGCUUAUCUGCCGUUUAUGGACAAGUCCCUCUUCCUCACGGCGAGACCUUUUUCCACAGACCUGCCGGACGUUACUGUGAUGGCCGCCUUGUCAUUGAUUUCAUAGCUGAGAGCUUUGGAUUGCCAUAUCUGAGUGCAUACCUUGAUUCAAUCGGAAGUAACUUCAGUCAUGGGGUCAACUUUGCGACAGCAGGGUCAACAGUCAGACCCCAGAACACAACAUUUCGUCAGACUGGUUAUAGUCCCAUCUCUUUGGAUGUUCAAUACAAUGAGUAUUAUGAUUUUCACACUAGAUCUCAAACUUUUCGAGCCAAAGAUGAAGUUUUCAAAAAGCUUUUGCCGAAGGCAGAGGUUUUCUCUGAUGCCCUUUACACCAUUGAUAUUGGUCAGAAUGAUUUAACAGCAGGUUACUUUUUGAACAUGACUAGUAGUGAAGUUAAGGCUUAUGUACCUGAUGUGUUAGACCAGUUCAAGAAGAUUGUUGAGAAUAUAUAUGGUCAAGGAGGGAGAUACUUUUGGAUACACAACACUGGUCCUUUUGGUUGUUUACCAUAUGUUUUAGAACGUUUACCAUACAAAGUUUCAGAAAUUGAUAAAGCUGGAUGUGCUUCUCCUUAUAAUGAAGUAGCUAAGUUUUUCAACCAAGCAUUAAAGGAAGUUGUGAUUCAAUUGAGAAAAGAUUUACCAUUGGCUGCAAUUACUUAUGUUGAUGUUUACUCAGCCAAGUACUCCAUCAUUAGUGAGCCAAAAAAAUAUGGAUUUAAGCAACCAUUGGUAGCAUGUUGUGGUCAUGGAGGAAAAUUUAACUAUGACAAGAACAUAGGGUGUGGAUGGGGAAAGAUUAUAGUGAAAGGAAAAGAAAUUUUGUUGGGAAAAUCAUGUGAAGAUCCAUCUGUUUGGGUGAAUUGGGAUGGAAUACAUUUCACUGAGGCAGCUAAUAAAUGGGUUUAUGAUCAAAUUGUUAAUGGGGCAUUUUCAGACCCACCUAUUCCAUUGAACAUGGCUUGCCAUAGAAAUAUUUGAUUUAUUCACAUGAAACUUAGUAUCUUUUUUGUCUUGGUAAUAAAAUAUUUUAAGUCCUGAAUUA